AGUUUUUGCAGUUUUUGUCUUGUGUGGGAUUCUCGUAUUCUCUUCAUUUUCAUUCUAAUUUUGCCGGUGUAUAAAGUUUAGUGGGAAUUUGCUACCGUUUUACAUGAUCCGUCCAGAGAUAGUUAAAAAGUUGGGUUGUCCAGCAUACGGACUCUCCAUAUCAUGGAAUAUAUCGAAGAAUAGUAUCCCGGCGGAGUCGGUCCAUGAGGUCCAUCGAUGCUUUCGGCGCGAAUUUUGGCCAUUUCCGAAAACGCCAGCUGUUAAGGACACUAUCUUAGCGGGAAAAUUACGACAAAAAGCCAAUGUGUGCUAUCGAAAGCAAUCGGAUUCGGUUCUUCAAAUGUAUAACGAAAGCAUUUGUCAUGCUGCCGAAGGAUCUGAGGAACUGGCCAUGGGUUACGCCAAUCGUUCGGCGGUUUACUUUAACCGAAAACUGUAUUAUCAUUGCCUUCAUAAUAUCGAGCUAGCAAAAGCUAGUGGAUAUCCGGCGGAUAAAAUGGAAAAACUUCUGGAGCGAGAGAAAAAAUGUUUGAUGCAAAUCGAACAACUUCACCCAGAGCCAGAGGAAGCGCCAUUGAUAAAGGAUUCCGUCUCCAGUUUACGUGUUGCUGAUAUUCCUGGCUGUGGACAAGGCUUGGUGGCAGAAAACAAUUUCACGGUGGGGGAUGUUAUUUUACGAGAACAUCCGGUUUUAAUUAUUCCUGAACCAGAGGCGGUCUACACCAGGUGUGCCAACUGUGGUGAUGAAAAUGAAUUGGACUUGCUUCCUUGCAAGCAUUGUAUCCUGUCCAUGUACUGCUCUGAUAAAUGCCGUUCUGAAGCGUAUGAUCGGUUCCAUCGAUACGAAUGCGAAAUUAUGCAUGACAUGACGCAUUUAUUCAAAGGGCCUAAACACAUGCGAACGUUUCUUUUAAUGUUGCGUUUGUUCUGGUUGACUAUAACCAAUUUUAUGCAAAAUCCUCACGAUUUUAUCGGAAAGUAUAAAGAGAAUCUAAGUCUGUACAAAAAUCCUCUGAACAUAAGCCAUGACGAAUUGCAUUUACAUGUUUUGUCCAAGCCCUUAACUAUACUGGCUAAAGAUCUGGCCGGUAAAGGUGUUUGUCAGUUUUUGACUGUACUGAUUUAUAAUAUAGCGGUGAUGGAAAGCAGCGCAAUCGAGGAACAUUUUCGCGAAACCCAUCACACAUUGAUACUGGACAUAUUAUAUCGACUGAUUGUUCAAGCCAGCCAAGUCAGCGACCAAAGCAGGGCUGGUUUGACAUGCUAUUAUCCACUAUUGCAAAUGGUCAACCACUCCUGUGCCCCAAACACGGAGCGGUUUUGUGCAAAGGGUAAGGGCUUUCAGUCAUAUUUAUUGACGAAGCGGCCAAUACUAACAGAUGAGCAAAUUACUAUGUGCUACUUACCGCAGAGUUCUUCGGAGGUAAUGGAAAAGAAGGAUCGGCUAAUUGAAUUGCGAAAAGAAUUUCAGUUUCACUGCCGAUGUCUUGCGUGUGCACUGGACUAUCCUCUGCUAAGCACAAUUGAAGAAAAUAGGGAGCUGGAUUCGGAACUUCAAGCCAUCUGCAAUGAAAUUGAAAAUAAUGCUGAGAAGUUGUCUGCUUUAAAGGAGUUUCUGCAGCGACAUGACAAGCACUACCCACAAAGAGAGUUGACUCGGGCAUGGGCAAUGUAUAAAGAAAAAAUAAUCGGAGAGUUGUAAAGCAUCUCAGCGUUAAAUACCAAUAAUCCAUCAGUUCCUUGUUUUGA